CCAUCAACGGCUCGUAGAAGAGGCUUGGGCCUGGUCACUCCGUCUCUGGAUAUCUGAUACCACCCACCAUCUGGGUACCGACAUCAUGUUCUCUCAGGUAGGCGUGACCCCUCACCUUCCCACUCUCGGCCCACCUCACCAGGCCAUGGUACGCGCGAGUAACCGGCACGGCCAAAGGAACCCAGUACGGUUCAUUCAGAGCCACGAAUGUCAAGGAACUGCAUGCCUCUUGACCAUGAGCCAUAUGUGCCUUUGAAGAAGCCUCCGACUGUCUUGAGCGAACGAGCACUGACCAGCCCACAGAAGAAACCAUACUCGGCCGUGACGGUGAGCAUCGAGACGCUCACCUCCGAGACGUAUGAUGAGGACGACUUGAGCGGCAUCCCCGACCUCGUCGAGGUCAUCAAGCUCCAGGCCUCCGGUCCGGCUGAGGCCGCCCGUGCCAUCCGCAAGAAACUCAAGUACGGCAACGUCCACCGCCAGCUCAGGGCUCUUACAAUCCUCGACGGCCUCAUUCAGAACGCCGGCCCCCGCUUCCAGCGCGCCUUCGCCGACGAGACCCUGUUGGAGCGACUGAGGGUCUGCGGAACCUCUGACCUGUCCGACCCGGAUGUCAAAAAGAAGUGCACCGAGCUCUUCCGCAGCUGGUCCCAGUACAAGAGCACGCCGGGCCUCGAGCGCAUCGCCAGGCUGCACCAGGAACUCCCCAAGCGCAAGGUUGCCGUCACCCAAGAGAGGUCCAAGGCUGUCCGGGAGACCGAAAACCCAUUCGGCGAGGAAGAAGAGGACAAGCCCCCUUCUCCCCCUUUGGCCCCCGUCCGUGCCGGGGAGUCUUCCCGUCCUCAGCGCACCCCGUAUCUGCCAUACGGCGAAUCUACCGCCGCCGCCGGCGCUGGCGGACACUCCAAGUCCUCGUCCCAUUCUGGCGGCUCUUUCUUCGGCUCCUCCAAGGACAAGAAGAAGAAGGACAAGGAAAAGAAGGGCAAGCGCAAGCCCUUCAACCUGGAGCUGGAGAAGGAUGCAAUGAAGAGCGCCAUUGCCGAGAGCUCCAUCGCCACCACUAACCUUACCAACCACCUGCAAAGCAUCAACCGUGAAAGGGAGCGGAUUUCCGAGAACCCUCAGGCUGUCCAGCAAUUCGAGAAUUGCAAGCAGCUAAGACGGAAAAUCCUUCGCUACAUCCACCACAUCGAAUCGGAGGAGUGGCUCGGCAGUCUUCUGAAGGCUAACGACGAGCUCGUAACGGCUCUUAUGACCUUUGAGCAACUUGAUCGGUCGAUCGAUGCCGACAGUGAUUCCGAUGACGAGCUUGCCGAGCAAGCCCACAUCUACCGGAUGGUAUCAGAAAGGGCCAAGCAAUCCAUGUCUCCGCCUCCUCCUGACGUCUCUGGCCUGAGCAUCGACCAGACGCCAUCGUCCCGCCCUCCUCCCCCGCCCCGUCCUGUUCCGAUGUCAAAGCCUUCUCCUCCUAUCCCGGCACCUGCCCCUGCGAAGCCUCCGAGACCUCCCGUCCAGCGGGCUCAGUCUGAUUCGGAAGGGGAGGACGAGGACGAUGACGACCCGUUUGCCGACAGGAACGCGCUGGAGACCCCUGCCACUGAGAGACCGGAGCCAAGAUGGUAGCAUCUUGCCGGCAUAAGCAAUCACAUGGUUUCUCACUCCCCAUGCUUGCCAUAUCUAACCGAGUAUAAUCCGAGGGAUACCCAAUCACGUCAGGUGGGGAAAGUGGU